UCAAAUUAAUAAUAAAAAAUGUAUACACUUGGCUUGACGAGAUUUGAUUCUAAGCGACGCCUGACUCAGUCAUCGUCUCCUUCGUGGAAAUCUUUAAAAGUCUCUGCUUCAUCUUCUUGUGAAGAGUUUGUCUCGAGAUGGCUUCCCCCAAGGAGAACGAUGAUGUUCCCAUGCUUCCAAUCUCGGACACAUCUCGUACUAGGCCUUUCACUUCCAGGUCUCGUAGCGUAUCCCUCUCAAACACUUGUUCCACCAUUGAUGGAUUCGACAGCUCCACAGUGGUUUUAGGCUACACGGGUCCUCUUCGAGCCCAGAGACGACCUCCUUUAGUUCAAAUGAGUGGUCCUCUUUCCUCUACUCGCACUCCUGAGCCUCUCUUUCUUCUUCCCCCUCCUUCUGAUUCAGUUGGUAUCUCCUCGUCACAGCCUGAGAGGUAUCCUUCUUUUGCUACUCUGGAACAUAAAAAGUCAGACGACGAGUUCGUCUUAAAACACGCAAAUCUCUUGAGAUCUGGACAGUUAGGUAUGUGUAAUGAUCCUUACUGUACCACUUGUCCUUCUUAUUACAACCGCAAAGCUGCCCAAAUCCCCAGUUCCAGAGUUUCUGCCUUCUUUGACUCCAAGUUCCAUAAUGCUCUGUAUGAUGAUGCUAAAGGCUGGGCUAGGCGGUUUGCUACAACUGCUAAUAGAUACUUACCAGGAAUCAUGAAUCCUCACUCUAAAUUCGUUCAGAGCUGGACUAAGUUCUUUGCCCUCUCAUGCUUGUUGGCUAUUUUCAUAGAUCCUCUCUUCUUCUUUCUCAUAUUAGUCAAACAGAACGACAAAUGCAUUGUGAUUGAUUGGCCGAUGGCUAAAGCAUUUGUAGCUGUUAGAAGUGUAACAGAUAUUUUAUUCUCUGUAAACAUUCUGCUUCAGUUCCGAUUGGCCUAUGUAGCUCCCGAGUCUACAGUUGUUGGUGCUGGCCAGUUAGUUGCUCAUCCAAGGAAAAUUGCUCGGCAUUACUUCCGAGGAAAGUUUUUACUAGACUUGUUCAUAGUAAUGCCACUUCCACAGAUAUUGAUAUUAUGGAUAAUACCAGCACACUUAGGUGCAUCUGGGGCAAAUUAUGCAAAGAACCUGCUACGUGCUGCAGUUCUUUUCCAGUACAUUCCGAAGUUGUAUAGACUACUACCACUUCUUGCUGGCCAAACACCUACAGGCUUCAUAUUUGAGUCUGCUUGGGCUAAUUUUGUUAUUAAUCUUCUCACCUUUAUGCUUGCUGGUCAUGUUGUUGGCUCUUGCUGGUAUCUUUUUGGUCUGCAGAGAGUUAACCAAUGCCUACGAGAUGCUUGCGGUAACUCUGAUCAUGAAUGUAGAAAUCUUAUAGAUUGUGGUCGUGGAGAGAGCUCUGAAGCGUUUGCUGCAUGGAAAGGUAAUGCAAGUGCAAGUGCUUGUUUUCAAGAGGGUGGUUUUCCUUAUGGAAUCUAUAUGAAGGCAGUCAAUCUCACCAAUCAUACUAGCCUCUUCACAAGAUAUAGUUACUCUCUUUUCUGGGGUUUUCAGCAAAUCAGCACGCUUGCUGGAAACCAAGUCCCAAGUUACUUUCUUGGGGAGGUCUUCUUUACCAUGGGGAUUAUCGGUCUGGGGCUAUUGCUUUUUGCGCUUCUUAUUGGUAAUAUGCAGAACUUCCUUCAAGCUCUUGGUCGAAGGAAUCUUGAAAUGACGCUGAGACGGCGUGAUGUGGAGCAAUGGAUGAGCCAUAGAAGGUUGCCAGAAGGUAUAAGAAAGAGGGUGCGAGAGGCUGAGCGGUUCAACUGGGCUGCUACUAGAGGAGUUAACGAAGAAUUGCUAUUUGAGAAUAUGCCUGAUGACCUUCAAAGAGAUAUAAGACGACACCUCUUCAUUUUUCUCAAGAAGGUGAGGAUAUUUUCUUUGAUGGAUGAAUCAAUCUUAGAUGCCAUCCGUGAGAGGCUGAAACAGAGGACAUACAUAAGUAGUAGCACGGUCUUGCACCGUGGAGGUCUAGUUGAGAAAAUGGUAUUUAUAGUGAGAGGUGAGAUGGAGAGCAUUGGUGAAGACGGUUCUGUUCUUCCUUUAUCAGAAGGAGACGUUUGUGGUGAGGAGCUCCUCACUUGGUGCCUUGAACGAUCUUCUGUUAAUCCUGAUGGGACGAGGAUAAGAAUUCCAUCAAAGGGAUUGCUAAGCUACAGAAAUGUUAAGUGUGUGACAAACGUGGAGGCGUUUUCCCUGAGUGUAGCAGAUCUUGAAGACGUAACAAGCUUGUUCUCGAGAUUCUUAAGGAAUCCUAGAGUGCAAGGAGCCAUUAGGUAUGAAUCUCCAUAUUGGAGGCUACGAGCAGCUAGGCAGAUUCAAGUGGCAUGGAGAUACCGAAGGAGACGGCUUCAGAGAUUGUACACUGCUCAGUCUAGUUACAGCCUUUAGAUUGUGCUCUUCAUUCUUGAUGAUGAGGUAAGCUUGGUGCUUGUUACAUUGGUGAUGCUACUAUAUUAUAUGAUAGCUUAAUGCUUCACUUGAAUUCAUAUUGUAAAAUGUAGUUGCUUUAAUAAGAUCAUUUUCACGUAAUUUUAUAUUUGAAUAAGAAUCUCAUCUGUAAUACCUUUCAUUUUUUC